ACCUAAUCCUCGACUCACCACCCUCAUAAGCAACAUAUAUUUUUCCUGUCGAGCGUCUUCAGAGCCGCAGCAAAGAAGAAAAACUAGCACAAACCUAUAAAAACCCAUCAAAAAUCGACAUUUACCGCCACAUAUAAAUUCAAGAUUUUGAAAGUCUCGAUAUAUAAAUUCAAGAUUUCGAAAGAUCCGUUUGCCGAUUCCUAUAAAAAAGGAAGAGACUGAAAUCCGACAGAAGCCCUCUUUGGUUUUUUUUCAGGGGUGUAUUUCUAAGGGUGAAAAUUGGGCAUGGCGGAGCAGGUCUUGGAAGGGAGCCAGCCUGUCGAUCUGGAGAAGCACCCUUCUGGGAUCGUUCCCACGCUCCAAAAUAUUGUGUCAACUGUAAACUUGGAUUGCAAAUUGGAUCUUAAGGCAAUAGCUCUUCAAGCUAGGAAUGCCGAGUACAAUCCCAAGCGUUUUGCAGCCGUCAUAAUGAGAAUUAGGGAGCCAAAAACUACGGCCUUGAUAUUUGCAUCAGGGAAGAUGGUCUGCACAGGUGCAAAGAGUGAGCAACAAUCAAAACUUGCUGCAAGAAAAUAUGCUCGAAUCAUCCAAAAGCUGGGAUUUCCUGCUCAUUUCAAGGACUUCAAGAUCCAAAAUAUUGUGGGAUCGUGUGAUGUGAAAUUUCCUAUUAGAUUGGAAGGACUUGCAUAUUCCCAUGGGGCUUUCUCAAGUUAUGAGCCAGAAUUGUUCCCAGGCUUGAUUUAUCGGAUGAAACAGCCUAAAAUUGUUCUUCUCAUUUUUGUAUCUGGAAAGAUUGUCCUUACUGGAGCAAAGGUAAGGGAUGAGACAUACACAGCCUUUGAGAAUAUAUAUCCAGUUUUGACCGAAUUUAGGAAGGUUCAACAAUGACAUGUAUCAGGUUUAGUCUUACAGUUGACAAACCAUGCAACAGAGCACGGAAAUGGAGAUAUUUGUAUCCAGCUUUAUGAAGAGAUCGAUUUGCUGGAUUGGAUUUUGUUUUGUUCGACCUUUCUUUAAAUUACUUGUGAAGGGAUAUGUCGGCUGUACAUAAUUGAUAUUCCAUGCGCAAUCAUGGCAAAAUUUGAACAGGAGACAUUAAUGCUUCUAUUAAAAUGUUGGCAUUCUUGUGCUCAUUUAAUAUUUUAAUGCCAGAUUGUUUGUUUUCCUGGUGUUAUCCAGAAUUCUUGUAAUGGUGUCCUGUUUUUGGCUCAAAGCCAGGAACAGUGUUUCCCAUUGAUUCUAUAUACUAACAUUUCAAUUGUAUUACAACAAGAUAAAUCAGGAAGGCACAACGGAUGUCUGUGACAAACCUGUUAAAUUAAUGAAUGAUAGAAGAAUGAGCAAGGAGGAUGUUAGUUGGAACUA